AUGGAGAAGCCCAAGACCACCAGCAACCCUGUGCGCGAGACAAAGGGCAAGUACACGCUCAGUGACUUUACCAUCAACCGCACUCUUGGUACCGGCAGUUUCGGACGUGUCCACCUGGUCCAGUCCAAGCAUAACCAGCGCUUCUACGCCGUCAAGGUGCUCAAAAAGCAACAAGUCGUCAAGAUGAAGCAAGUCGAGCACACCAACGACGAGCGUCGCAUGCUGCAGAAGGUCAAGCAUCCUUUCUUGAUCACGCUCUGGGGAACUUUCCAGGACUCCAAGAACCUGUACAUGGUCAUGGACUUUAUCGAGGGUGGUGAGCUCUUCAGUUUGCUGCGCAAGUCUCAAAGAUUCCCCAACCCCGUUGCUAAGUUCUACGCCGCCGAGGUCACGCUCGCUCUCGACUACUUGCACUCGAUGGACAUCAUCUACCGUGAUUUGAAGCCCGAGAACUUGCUGCUCGACAGACACGGUCAUCUCAAAAUUACCGAUUUCGGUUUCGCAAAGGAGGUUCCUGACAUUACCUGGACUCUUUGUGGUACUCCAGAUUACCUGGCUCCCGAGGUCGUUUCAUCCAAGGGUUACAACAAGUCUGUUGAUUGGUGGUCGCUCGGUAUCCUCAUCUUCGAAAUGCUUUGCGGUUUCACACCUUUCUGGGACUCGGGCAGUCCCCUCAAGAUUUACGAGAACAUUCUUCGCGGAAGAGUCAAGUACCCUCCAUACGUCCACCCCGAUGCUCAAGAUCUUUUGAGCAAGCUCAUCACCCACGAUCUGACCAAGCGUCUUGGUAACUUGCACGGUGGCAGCAAGGAUGUCAUGCAACACCCUUGGUUCGCCGAGGUCACCUGGGAGAGACUGGCCAAGAAGGAUAUAGAUGCUCCUUACGUGCCCCCAGUCAAGGGUGGUCAAGGUGAUGCCAGUCUGUUCGACAAGUACCCCGAAGAGACUGAAGCAUAUGGAAACACGGGCGAUGACCAGUAA